AUGGCAAGCACCCCCGCACAAGAUGCAGAGGAGGCCGAUGAGAGUGAGGUGACUCUUGAGGUGCGGCUGCAGUGGCAAGAUGCUGGUGGCAGUCAGAGCGACCAGAUCUGCAUGGUUGCGACCAGCACGCUCAAGGAACUCAGAGAGCACUGCGCGGAAAUGCUUAAAGUGAAGCGCAUCCAUUGUCCAGAUUUCAAUGAUGACAUGGGCAGCCAGCAGCUCCAGGAGCUUGGUAUAGGGCUAUCAGAUGUGCCCAUCCUGCUGGAACUCGGGCCGCCCUUGGAGUGCGCAGGGCCUGCUGAGCCAAAGGCAGCUGCAAAGGCAACGUCUCUGCCCAGGAAGGCCCGCGCCCCCUUGGCGGUGCGGCAGGCCGUGGAGGAUGCGUCGGACGUAAGGGAGGGCUGGCUCUUCCUCGGCGGGCAGAUGGCGGCAAGCAGUCUGGAAGGCCUUCAGCAGAUAGGCAUCACCCACAUCUUGAACUGCUGUGAGCGAGUUCCCUGUAAAUUCCGAUCAAGGAUCACCUACAAGACGAUAGCUGUAAUGGACACAAAAAGCUCCGAUAUCCGUGAUUUCAUCCCGGAGGCCCUCGCCUUCAUUGAUGAGGUGGUGGCUGCUGGAGGACAGCGAUUCAUGAAUAAAGGCAGACGUGAUGAUGUCAGCACCAGGAAGUCGGGUGGAUCCUUUACUGCCAUUUACGAGUCUGCCAGCGCUGGCAAGAACUUUGCUUCCGUCAAUGCCGGAAACCCCAAGAAGCUGAAGGUGGGUGGCGGGACAAUCAACGGGCAGUUUGCCCAGGAGCUUCAGAAGGUUGCCGGGCAUGACCCUGAUAGCUACAGUCCGGCCCAUGAGGCGCUGCUUCGCGUGGCCACACAAGCUGGGGCGAGGCACGGCCUGAUCCCAGCUCCUGCCACGCUGCGGCUUCCAUCAUGCCUGGAGGCCGCCUAUAUCUACCUCGGCAGGACACCUGCAGAGGCCGAGCAGAUUGCUGGCGACUCCGGCCGAGGUGGUCUCGUGAUUCUGGACAUGUUCGAGUCAAAGUCCCGGCCCUACCAUGAACAAAAUGUGGCGAUGGUGUAUACUGUUGGUCCCCAGCGGGGCUAUGAACCUGAUGAUGGGACAUUCUUAUCGAAGGUGCGCUUGGUUGGCCGCAAUGUGGUGGCGGCUUGCCACGACUACAACGCGCAGAAUCCGCCGCAGCCGAUUGAGCAAGUGCGCCUCUGCCUGGUGAGUGGUGGCAAGUUUGCCGAGCGUGUUCCCAAGGAACAUGUAGCUCGACAGCUUGUGCUCGGUGUGUUGGACGUGCAGCUGGCUGAAUGGGUUAAAGCGGAUGCGGUGCCGGAAAUUGAGUUCGCUUAUGAUGGGGACGUUUUCCGAAAAGAGUGGGCCGCCUUGGUUGAAAGAACCUGA